UAUUAGUGGCAUCUUCGUAAUUGAAUCCAAAACCCAACUCAUCACUGUCUUCGUCUUCUUCAUCUUCACUCUUUUGCCUUUAAACGUGUAUCCGUUGUGACGUUGAAGCCUUUUACUCUGUCUCUUCUUUCUAAAAGCAUCGAAGCCUCUCUAUUUCUCUCCACCUUAUCUUUUCACGCUUCAAAGUCACCUCAGAUUUUCCCAAUCAACCAAACGAAAUCCUAUUUCUAAAUUCCUAGAAAAUUUCACGUAGCCGGAAACAAUGUCAGUUUCCGGAGACAGCACCUCUUUCGAAGAGAAACUGAGCUCUAAAACACCCUUUCUCGGCCUCAAACUCUAUGUUCUCAUUGUAAUUUUGUUAACAUGCACGGCUGUACUUUCUUUAUUAAUCUGUCUAUGUUUCUGCUUCGCCAAGAACUCGAGAAAGCCAAAAAUGAGAGUCAAACACACCUCAGGUUUAAUCCCAUUGGUGUCCAAAGAGAUCGUUGAGAUCAAAGAUCUGGGUCGUAACAGAAAUGGCGAAAACCACAAGGGUAAAGAUGGAAAAGAAGCUGAGAUUUCUGUUGCCGUUGAGGUGGGGACGAAGAAGAAGAUUUUAAGUGAAGAAGAAGACACCGAUGACGUGUCUACUAAGACAAGUGACGUGUCCGUAGAAAUUGGAUGGGGUCGGUGGUAUACCCUCCGGGAGCUGGAGAUUGCGACACGUGGAUUCGCGGAGGAGAAUGUGAUCGGUGAAGGUGGUUACGGUAUUGUUUACAGAGGCGUUUUACAAGACGGGUCUAUCGUGGCUGUCAAGAAUCUACUUAACAACAAAGGGCAGGCAGAGAAGGAGUUCAAGGGGGAAGUUGAAGCCAUUGGAAAAGUAAGGCAUAAGAAUUUGGUGUGUUUAAUUGGAUAUUGUGCAGAAGGAACUCAAAGGAUGCUUGUAUAUGAAUACAUCAAUAACGGCAAUUUGGAACAAUGGCUCCAUGGUGAUGUUGGUUCUGUUAGCCCUCUCACAUGGGAUAUUCGAAUGAAGAUUGCCAUUGGAACAGCAAAAGGGCUUACCUAUUUGCAUGACGGUUUAGAACCAAAAGUAGUUCACCGUGAUGUGAAAUCUAGUAACAUUCUUCUGGAUAAGAGCUGGAACCCAAAAGUAUCAGAUUUUGGAUUGGCCAAGCUCUUGGGAUCUGAGGCUACCUAUGUUACUACACGAGUAAUGGGAACAUUUGGAUAUGUCUCUCCUGAGUAUGCUAGCACAGGUAUGCUUAACGAGGGGAGCGAUGUGUAUAGCUUUGGAGUUUUACUCAUGGAAAUCAUUACAGGAAGGAGCCCAAUCGAUUAUUCAAGGCCACCCGGGGAGACGAACUUGGUUGACUGGUUCAAAGGAAUGGUAGCAAGCCGCCGUGGAGAAGAGCUUGUGGAUCCUCUAAUAGAAGUUCAUCCAUCUGCAAGAGUUCUGAAAAAGGCAUUGCUUGUUUGUCUCCGUUGCAUAGAUUUGGAUGCACAUAAGCGACCUAAAAUGGGACAAAUUGUUCACAUGCUUGAGGGAGAUGACUUUCCUUUUCGUUCUGAACACAGAUUACUACGAGAGAAAGACCCUAGUCCAGAGAAAGAUCCUAAUCCCUUGCUUGAACCCUUGCCCAACAAAGUUGCACAGCCAACCAAGCUUGCCACUGGUGGCAAUGUUGAGAGACAAAGAUGGAGAUGAUUGUUGUCUAAGGGGGCAUGGUAGAAUAAUUUUCCCACCAAAUGAAAAAAUCACACCCCUUUGUUGUGCAUAUAUUAUUUGAAUUACUUAUCCAAUUUUCUGUUUGUCCAUAGAUUGCAGCAGUAUUUUACAUUGGAAUAAACCUUGUAAAUAUGCACUUAAUUUUCAAUAUAUGAAAGUUCAUCA